UCUCGUGUUACCACUUUGCGAUAGAUUCCACCAAACCCCACUUCAAUGGCGGAUCCUUCUCCUCAAAGCCCUAACCUUUCCACUUCGCCACCUACCCCUCAAUCAACAACCUCGGAAUCUCCUCCUCCACCGACUCGCUCCUUCUUCUUCCCCUUUCUCAAGUCUCCCUACAGACCAAAGCUCCGCGUGACAUCUGAAUUCGACAGCGAAAGUCUCCUCUUCUUGAACAAAGUGUCUUGUAAGCUUUUCGACAACCUCGCCAAGCUCAAGCUAUCGUUUCAGAACAACUCCCAGCGCGAGGUUACUCAGCCUCAGGUGUCUCUCACUUCCAAGUACCUCUCUGUUCUCUAUGAUGUUGAGGAGAAGAACACUUUCAUCAAGAGCACUGUCGACGUUUCCCCUCGCCUUCAGCUCCGUGCUCUUCAUAAUGUCAAUGCACAACAAGGAGAGGUUGCUAUGGAGGCAAAUCUGGCUGAACCUGGCUACUCUCUCGAGCUUUCAUCGCCUGUUCCUAUUGGCUACCCAAGAGCGACUCUUAAAUUCCCACUAGGUGAAGUUUCGUUACAAGAGAGAGAAGAGGAGGAGGAAGAGGAGAAUAGCAAGAGAAUGUUAUCUGUUAACGGGAUCCUCAAACGUCAAGUUAUGGAUGGUGUUUGUUCCGCUCUAUAUACAGAUGAAGAGUUGAGGCUAAGAUAUGCUUAUAAGGACGAAGCAUUGUCUUUCAUCCCAACAAUCUCCCUUCCUUCCAAUGCUGCUUCGUUUGCAUUCAAGCGCCGGUUUAGCCCUUCAGAUAAGUUGAGCUACUGGUACAAGUUUGAUUCAAACAUGUGGAGUGCUGUUUACAAACGCACAUAUGGCAAAGACUACAAGUUCAAAGCUGGCUAUGACUCUGAAGUACGCCUUGGCUGGGCAUCUCUCUGGGUCGGGGAUGAAACUGGGAAAGUGAAAACGAGGCCAAUGAAGAUGAAAGUGCAGUUGAUGCUUCAAGUUCCACAAGAUGACAUCAAAACCUCAGUCUUGAUGUUCCGAGUCAAGAAAAGAUGGGACAUUUGAAUGGAAAAACCUCUUUUUACACUUUUGCAUAAUCUCUCUGUUGUAAUACUGUAAAACACACUACUAUAAUAAAAGAUUAUAGGAAACCUUCUUUUGAUUUGCAAAUUGUCUUUCAAGUUUUUUCUUGGAACAGAUAAACAUGUAUUAUUACACGUGCGAGCAACGGUAAACGUGUGAGAUUACAUGUAAUAAAGAAAAAAAGUUACAUGGCUUUUCACUAACCGCUGUUUCAUUGGACUAUAACAGCUG